UCCUGGGGGAGCAUUUAGGGUCCAGGCCCUUGGUUGUGUGGGCGGGUUUUUGUAGAGGAAUCCAGAAAUGGUUAGGGAAUUUGACACGCGGUGUCCUUUUCCAUCGUUAUACUUGAUCUGUAAAAAGAAUCUGAAGCUAUAGUUUGAAGAAUGAAAAGUUACCAGUGCCACGACACCGUCUCCUUGGCCCUUCCUGAAUACAGUGGGCCCCACCCUCUGCACCCACAACAGCUCUUGCUAAUCACCUCUGUUCCCAGUUUCUCAGUUAAAUUCUGGGCUCUUCCUGUAGACCUCGAAGGACAAGGUGUUGCUGUGUAAUCCAGGCUGACAUCAAACUCAAGGCAAUCCUCUUGCCUGAGCUUCCCAAGUGCUGAGAUUACAGCACAAAAGCUGAACCGUACCACUUAGAGGAAUGGAAGCAGACGCAUCUGUUGACAUGUUUUCCAAAGUCCUGGAGAAUCAGCUGCUGCAGACCACCAAACUAGUAGAGGAACAUUUGGAUUCCGAAAUUCAGAAACUGGAUCAGAUGGAUGAAGAUGAAUUGGAACGGCUCAAAGAAAAGCGCCUGGAAGCCCUAAAGAAAGCUCAACAGCAGAAACAAGAAUGGCUUUCGAAAGGACAUGGGGAGUACAGAGAAAUCCCUAGUGAGAGAGACUUUUUUCAAGAAGUCAAGGAGAGUAAGAAGGUGGUUUGCCAUUUCUACAGAGACUCCACGUUCAGAUGUAAAAUAUUAGACAGACAUCUGGUGAUCCUGUCCAAGAAACAUCUUGAGACCAAGUUUUUGAAGCUGAAUGUGGAAAAAGCACCCUUCCUGUGUGAGAGACUGCGUAUCAAAGUCAUCCCCACACUGGCACUCGUGAAAGAUGGCAAAACACAAGAUUAUGUGGUGGGAUUCACAGACCUGGGCAAUACUGACGACUUCACCACAGAGACUUUGGAAUGGAGAUUGGGCUGUGCUGACAUCCUCAAUUACAGUGGAAAUUUAAUGGAGCCACCAUUUCAGAGCCAGAAGAAGUUUGGGACAAACUUCACAAAGCUGGAAAAGAAAACAAUCCGAGGAAAGAAAUAUGACUCAGACUCCGAUGAUGAUUAGAGCACAAUUACAGUUCUUUGUAAAUUGUCCGUUUCUGUUUACUUCAGACUUAACGUGUUUCUAAAAAUCUUUGAUUUUAAUACAUUGAUCCAUCUAAUGCUCAUAUCCCGGAUUUUUAUACGGUCCCUCGACCCUGGAAGGCAUCAUUAUGAUUUUCUGUGUGACCUUCAGGUUCAGGUUGAGGAAAACUUCUGAAUUCUUAAAUUACCUGGGAGGGGUCUAGCUGCUGUGUGGAUGAGAUUGGUUUUUAUCAUAGUGUGAUUCUUACAUCUUUAUACCAUACACAGUUGUGUUUUUAACCUACUGAGCUAGAAAUAAUAACCCAAGAGACUGUUCCAGGACUAGGCCUUACUCAGUGCUGUUUGCAUCAAAGCCCAGUAACACUUACUGGUGUGGCACUCUGCCCUGGUAAAUGAACAUGACUGACACACUUCACUUGUGGAAUUUAUUUAAAUAACUCUUACAGAACUGCUUAUUCUGGAUGCCGCCUGUUGGUGCAGAAUCAACUGAUGCAGCAGAAGGCUAUUUCAGGUUGUAAACAUAUUGCCUUACUUCACGGGUCCUCAUGACUUAUGUUUUAAGACAGGCAUUUAAAAGUAAUCCGGAAACACUUGGAAUGGCAGCAUGAGGAAAUCCACUGACUCAAUAAAAUAACCAUAAUUGGUUUUUAAAAAA